GCACCUCAGCUCAAUCUCCGGGGCCGUGCCCGGCCACGAGUUCACGUCGGAGAGGACCAAAGGAUCGAGAUGCUGGAAGUAUCACCACCUCAUCGACUACGGCGCUGCGGCCUUGGUCCUGCUGAACUCUGUGGCGAUGAUGUUCGAGCUGGAGAUCGAGGGCCGGGCUGCAGGGCGGCAGCUGGGGCUCGGGGACGGCGCCAGCUGGGAUCUGCACCAGGUGGAGCCCACCUUCCGCUUCAUCGACUCUUCCUUUGUCUUCGUGUUCCUUGGGGAGCUGCUGCUGAGGCUGCUGGUGGAGCGCUGUGAAUUCUUUAAGGACUUCACCAACUGGUUUGACGCUCUGCUGGUGAUCCUCGGGUUGGUGGACGUUUUGAUCAUUGUGCCGCUCUCCAGUGGGGAGGCCAUGGACAUCAUGAUGAUGCGCCUGCUGCGCGCCAUCAAGUGCCUCCGGGCCAUCCGCAUGGUGCGGACGUUCCGGCUCUUUCGGGGGCUGAGCUUGCUGGUGAAGGCGUGUCAGUGCUUCUUGCCGUCCCUGGCCUGGUCCAUGGUGUUGCUUGGGGUCUUCAUGUCCAUGGCAAGCCUUGUCAUGGGCAACUUGGUUCGGGACUUCAUCUUGGACCCCUCCGCCCCCAUGGAGGACCGGCAGUGGAUCUGGAACCGCUAUGGCACGGCCUACCGGGCCAUGUACACCCUCUAUGAAAUCACUUUCGCCGGGAACUGGCCUGUCAACGCACGGCCGGUGAUGGAGAAGGUCAGUCACGGCUUCGUGGUCUUCUUCCUCGUGUAUGUUACCAUCAUUGUCUUCGCAGUCAUUCGCGUAAUUGGCGCCGUGUUCCUCAAGGACACUUUGGACGCCGCGCAGAACGACGCGGAGGCGCUGGUGACGGAACGCAUGACAAAGCGGGCGCAGUAUGUAAAGAAGCUGGAGUCGGUGUUCAGGGCCAUGGACUCCGACCACGGAACGAUUACAGAGGGCACGCUGACGUCCAUGCUGUCGAACCCCAAAGUGGCUGCCUACCUCCAGACCUUGGACGUGGAUGUGACAGAUGGUGCUGCUUUGUUUCACCUCCUGGACAAUGGUGACGGAGAAGUCACACUAGAGGAGUUCGUGGACGGGAUCCUGCGGUGUAAGGGCAACGCCCGCGCCAUCGACCAGGCAGCGAUGCACUGGGACCUGAAGCGCCUGGAGCAGAAGAUCUCGAAGCUCUCGCAAAGGCUUAAGGAGGCCGGAGUGAUCCGGGGACUUGUGCUUGAGCCGAAGGCCCUGCCACCGUCAGAGCAGUGGAGUCUGUAGACUCUGCUGUGAGGAAUGAUGCCGUAAACUUCCCUAGUGUCGACCCAGGAUUAUUCCUGGGUCAACAUGAAAUGGGAAAGGGAGACAUAACCCCCCCUAGGGGCCCUCGU